AUGGCCUGGCUGCUGGAUGAGGGAUGUAGGGAGGUGGUGGAGGAGGCGUGGGGACAUGGGGUGGAAGAUUUACAGGCCAGGGUGGAGAGAUGUGGUAUAAAGCUUCAGAAGUGGGGCGGUGACCGUUUCCAUAAGUUUGGGAAACGGAUUGCUAUUCUCAAGAAGCAGCAGUUGAAUUGCCGUGGUCGUGUGAGCCCCGAGGCGUUGGCGGACUUCCGUCGUCUGGAGUCUGAAUUAGUACGGUUGGAGAAGCAGGAGGAUGUAUUCUGGAGGCAAAGGGCGAAGCAGCAUUGGCUUCGUGGGGCGGAUGCAAAUACUCGCUUCUAUCACAAGUAUGCUUCUGCCCGAAAAUGA